UUUGUUGAGUUGAGAAGUGUGUGGGUGCACAAAUUGAGACAAAAUUUUUGUUUGAAAAUGCCUUUCUUUUCGAAAAUAUUCAACCGCGUGAAACAAGUAUUCAAUCCAACGGAUGUGUACGCUUCGCAACGUCUACUUUUGAGAGGAUCCUUGAUCUAUGGAUUGAUACCGUAUCGACUAGUGGUCAAAGACGGUGUGUCAAGUCUGCAAACCAGCGUACUCGGAUUCAUUGCAGCGAUACUGUCUAUGAUAACUUUUGGAAUUUCUUUUAUGGCAACCAUCCUCAACCAGAUGAAUCUGAUGGAAUUCUUCCUUCAAAGUCCAAUAUCAAAUUUUGGCGGAAAUUUGAAUUUGAUCACAUCAUUUCUGUCGAUAACGUCGGUGUAUGUGUGCAGUUUGGUGUUACGGAAGAAACUGAAGAGAAUGUUGGAGACUCUGAGCUGCAUUGAUGGAAAAUUCGUUGAGUUAGGGAUAGACAUUAGCCAUAGAAAUGCACUGUGGUUCAAUUUAAAAUCGUGUUUUGUUGCGACCGUCGCUUGUGGGAUAUAUACCGCGACUACUAUUGCAUUUUUGCUGCAAAGAAAAUCCGGCAAUCAGAGAAGUUAUUCUGUUGUCGUGACACAUUUUUGGCCAUAUUUCGUUCUAACGAAUUUGAUUCUGACGUUUUUGAGCUUUACAAGGUUGAUUUGUACACGCUUUAAAGCAGUCAACCAAAUCCUCCGAAAUCUAUGCGGAUCUGAAUCAACCAAAAGUUUCAACGUUACCAUAAGUCCACUAAAAUCAUUCAAACAGUCCCAGGACUCGUCGUCGAAUUUACUAGCCGAACGGAAACUGGUGGAAGUGGUAAAGGAUGUAUGCGGCAUCCAUGACGACCUGAGUGACACAUGCCUUUUAGCCGAAGAAUAUUUCGCACUGAAAAUGUUAACCAUCGUCGGCAUUGGCUUCCUGAUCAUCGUCUUCAAUUUGUAUUAUGUGAUGGAAAUAGCAUUCGGCCAAAUACCGGAUGAAUUCCAGGAAGAAUCGUACAAAUUUCUGAUAUUUCUAGUAUUUCAAGUUGCCAUGAAUAUCUUGGGCAUUUUGUGCAUCAUUCAGUCGAGCUGUGCCAUUUCGAAUGAGAACCGAAAUUGUUCCAUUUAUGUGCACAAACUAAUGAACACCACCACCGACGACAUUGCCAAGGAGAAAUUGUUGCAAUUUUCGUUGCAGCUAAUUCAUCGGAAAGUAAAGUUUACCGCCUUGAAUCUGUUUCCCUUGGAUCGGACUCUGAUAUUCACGAUUGCUGGCGCUGCUACGACGUAUCUCAUUAUACUUUUCCAAUUUUCCAACCAAAACAGAUUCCCUAAUGUGAAAACAUGAGCUUAUUCCCUACAUGGAAUCACUGUCGAACAGAAUUAGUGUCAGUAGAAUAAUAAUGGCAUUGCAUAUUGUGACAAGUGGUCGUUAGAUAAGUCUUAAGGCAAAUGUUUAAUGUUUUUGUAGUGUUGAGGAGGAAUAAAAAGAACAUAGCCGACGAGCUCUAGAAAU